AUGAAUGUUUCCUAUUCUCACUACAGUAUCAUCAUAUUCAACGAGACCUGGUUGACAUGUAACUAUGCCGAUGAAGAGCUGCAGUUGUUUGACCUCAACGUAUAUAGAACUGAUCGCUCCAGUGAAACAAGUUCAUUCUCAAGAGGUGGUGGAGUCCUUAUUGCAGUUCAUAAGGGCUUAAGUAGUAGAUCUUUAAAAGUUAACGGGACAAUCGAACAGCUUUUUGUCUUGGUGACCGAAGGUGCAAAUCAGUUUAUUAUAGGAACAGCAUAUUUUCCACCUAAGUCUACAUUGGACAAAUAUUCCAUAUUUUGUGAAACCCUGGAAAAAAUAGCCGAAGAUUAUCCAUCUGCACACUAUUAUCUGGCUGCUGACUUCAAUUUACCAAACUGCGAAUGGUUUUCAAAUGAUAUGUGCUCUUCAACAAUUCCUCUGCCAGGUGCCACAGCUUCUGAAGUUGAAGCCCUGCAGGUUGUGACUGGUAUGUGUGCAUACCACAAUUUGUUUCAGUCCAAUACUAUUGUGAAUGCAACUGGUAAUAUUCUGGACUUGGUGUUGGUCGAUGAUGCUGAUGUAACUGUGUCCAGAGCUAAUGAAGCUCUUUUGAGGGAGGGUAUGCAUCACCCACCCCUGGAAUUUGAGAUAAAGAUGACCAAAAGGCGCCCCAAUGAUGGUGGUUUGGUUAGUGACGGUUUUUAUAGGGACUUCAAGUCGGCUGACUAUGUGAAAAUAACUGAUUUUUUGUCACAGUUCUGUUGGGAUAAUUUAUUUUUAGGAAAAACACUGAAUCAAAUUGUAAAUAUUUUCUAUGAUAUAGUUUACUUAGCUAUAGAAUUAUUCAUCCCCCUAAAAAGGUAUUCAAAACGUAGAUUCCCUCCUUGGUUCUCUUUAGAGUUAAAGAACCAGAUAGUUGAGAAAAAGAAAGCUCACAAAAAAUAUCUUUUAUCUAAAUCAGUUCUGGAUUAUCAGACUUUUUCACAGCUGAGGGCUAAUUGUAAAUUGUUAAAAGCUGAAAGCUACAGAAAUCAUAUUUACUUAACAGAAUUAUCAAUAAGAAAUAAUUUGAAGGGAUUUUGGUCGUUUGUGAAUUCACGGAGAGGAAAGCCCUCUAUGCCCGCUGUGUUGAGGUAUGGUGGUGUUGAAUCCGGUCAUGGACCAGAUAUUGAGAAUGGUUCAAUGUUACAGUGUUUUAUACAGAAAGAGAUUGAUACUAGAAGCACACUAAAAAAAAAUUGGUAA